AAAGUGACAUAAGACUAAUCCAUGAAUCGUCCAAGAUCGUCGAUUGAUAAUAAUUGUUGGAAAACAUAUCUUUUUGCAUAUGAUUGAAAAUAAGUGAAAUAUUUUAUCUUAAAUCUGUAUCUUUCUUGAUACUUUCAUAAUAUUUAAGAUUAAUAUAUAUGUGUAUUCGUAUAUGUAGGUUGCAUACGCAUACAAACCAACAUACACAUAUAUGUUCUUGCGUUCGCGCAUCCUAUAUAUAAUAAUUGUGUGUGCUGUGUAUGUGUGUGUGUCUGUGUGUACGAACAAUAAUGGAGUUUGCUGAAGUGAAUAGUGUACUGAUUUUCAUUGCAAGCUGAAUUGUCUAUACUGAGGUUCUGUUUUUAUUAAUGACGUUUCAAGUGUAAUACAUAAUUAAGAAUAAUGGGUGUUGGCCUUAAACCAUUAGAGUUUACUGAUUGUUUAACUGAUAGUCCGUAUUUUCGAGAAAAUUUACAUUAUCAUGAACGUGAAUUGGAAAAGACCAGCCAGCAGAUUAAACGUCUCAUCAAGGAGGUCAAAGAUCUACUGUUAGCCGCUAAGAAUUUAUCCCGAGCCCAGCGAGCAUUUUCUAAAACACUGCAAAAUUUUAGUUUCGAAUGUAUUGGAGAAACACAAACUGAAGAUGAAACUCACAUAUCGCAAAGUUUAAAGGAAUUUGGUAAACUGAUAGCAUCAAUAGAGGAUGAAAGGGACCGCAUGCUUGAACGCGCUUAUGAUCAAAUUAUACUUCCUUUGGAAAACUUCAGAAAGGAACAUAUUGGUGGUGUUAAGGACGGGAAGAAAAAGUUUGAAAAACAGACCAUUAAGUUUUGUCAAAGUCAAGAACGUUACCUAAAUUUAUCAACAAAAAAACAAGACAAUGUUCUUCAAGAGGCGGAUGCAACGUUGGAAAUGGCCAAAAGACAUUUUUGCCAAGCUAGUUUAGAGUAUGUGUUCUUGUUGCAAGAGGUUCAAGAACGAAAGAAAUUUGAAUUUGUUGAAACAUUACUAAGUUUUAUGUUUGGUUGGUUAACGUUUUACCAUCAAGGUCACGAAGUAGCAAAGGAUUUUAAACCAUAUAUGACUGAAUUACAGUUAAAAAUACAAAAGACUAGAGAGAAUUUUCUUGCCACCCGGGAUAAAACCGAGUCACUUAUGAAUAAAAUGAAGGAUAUGAAAAAGUCUGCAGUGGAGACAGGAUUGAACAAACUACAUUCUCGUGAAGGAUAUUUAUUUCUAAUGGAAAAAAAAGCAUUUGGUACAACAUGGACAAAACAAUAUUGUACAUAUCAGAAGGAUACAAAGGAAUUUACAAUGAUCCCAUACAAUCAACUUACAGGCAAAUUUAGUAGUAAAGAAACUCUCACACUAGCAUCAUGUAUAAGGCGUAUGUCAGACACAAUUGAAAAGCGCUUUUGUUUCGAUAUCACAGCUAUCGAUAAGCCUAAUGUAACGUAUACAUUUCAAGCAUUAUCCGAAGAAGAUAGAAAAUUAUGGAUGGAUGCAAUGGAUGGGAAAGAACCAAGUUAUCCUUUAGUAGGAACAUCAGUUAAAACAGAAGAAAAUAUUUUGGACGAAACAGGAUUCAUGUUUGUAUCUAAAUGUAUUACGGUCCUGGAAGACAGAGGUUUAGAAGAACAAGGUCUAUAUCGAGUCGUUGGUGUUGCCUCUAAAGUAAACAAACUCUUAGCUAUGGGUCUCGACAGAAGAAAAUUAGAAAAACUUUCUCUAGAAGAUCGUUUUGAAUGGGAAAGUAAAACUAUAACCAGUGCAUUAAAAACGUAUUUACGAACACUUUCCGAACCAUUGAUGACUUUCCGAUACUAUAACAGUUUCAUUUCAGCUGCGAAACACGAAGUGAAAGAAACAAGAAUAAAUGAAAUACAUAGCCUUAUCUAUCGGCUACCAAAGGCAAACUUCAAUAUGCUGACUUUGCUUAUACCUCAUUUACACAGUGUAGCAAAUAAAAGUGAUAAAAAUUUAAUGACGGUUGGUAAUCUAGCUGUCUGCUUUGGUCCAACAUUAUUGAGGCCAGAGGAAGAAACAGUGGCCUCUAUAAUGGAUAUUAAAUUUUACAAUAUUGUAGUAGAGAUAUUAAUUGAAAACUGUGAAAUAAUAAUAGCCGGUCCUCCACAAGAUAUUUUACGCACAACACAAAUGAUACAAAGUAUGGUUACAUCUAAAGUAAUGACUGAAGCAGAUGAUGGUCCUACUACUUCUGGAAACGGAACUUCUUUAUUAAGAUAUCCAGUGCAUAGUUCUGUUUCAAUACCACAUACACAUCAUGUUACAAGAUCUUACUAUGAUGGACCCUUAACGAUUACAACUAAAUCACCUUCUAUAGAUGAUAGAAAAAAUGGUGAUUACGAAGAUGUUGAUCCAAGUAGUCAUCGUAUUCCUGCAUUUCUAGAGAGUCGAAGUGGACGAGUUAAAUUAACUAAUUCGAAUCUUAUGUACCAUUCAGCAGAUAAAGUGCUUACUAGUGGUAACACAAGUAGUUCAAGUGAAUCAAUUGCAUCAGAUCCACAUCCAUUUACAACAAAUAUACCAGCCAAACAAAAGCGUGGGACUGCUAUGUCAACACAUUAUCCUGCUAAUUAUCCACGAAGUAAUCCUACAAUAUCUAUUGCUAACACAUCACCAAGUAGUGGUCGUUCGAGUCCUGGCCAAAUGCCUGGAAUCUGGAGAGUACGAACAUUAUAUGCCUGUUUGGCCGAAGGUGAUGGAGAACUAUCAUUUGAACCAAAUCAAAUUAUUACAAACGUUAAAGCUUCCUUAGAGCCUGGAUGGUUAGAAGGCACUUUGAAUGGAAAAACAGGAUUAGUUCCAAAAAAUUAUGUUGAACAGUUACCCUGAAGUUAAAGUAACCAAAGAGUGCCUGUGUCACAUAAAAUCAUAUUUACAUUCCAUAUGCACACAUAUCUUACCGCUGCAUGUAGAUUUAUAUAUAUUAUAGCGGAUAAGAUUCUCAUCCAAACUGCUGAUAUCAUACGUGAAACGCAUAAUCGUGACUAUAUCUUUCUUUGGGUACAACGUACUGUAUAAGGUUUAAUAUAUAAAUCAUAUUCCUUGGUGUGUGUGCAUGUGGUAUGUGAUUCGAUGAGGAGGCGCUGUUUUUGCAAAUGUAGAAAAGAAAAACGAUGAUCAAGGUGUUGCUAAGGGAUUCAAUUACGGAUGGGUAGUAAAUAAGUAAUAGAAAGCGAAAGAUGCAUUGGAAAGUCUAAACGAAAUUGUUAUCCCGAUAUAUCAUUUUAUAAAGGAAGCUAAAUUAAUUAAUUUUAUCACACUAAGCAGAAAGGGACUUCCUUACAGGACAUAGUCAAUUAUACUUAUACAUUUGUAUGUAAACGUACAUUUAUUUAUUAGAAAAACAUUUUUUCUUAAAAAAGUAAUUAUGUUGUAUAUAAAGUUACGUAUAGAAAAUAUAAUGCAUACGAAUCUAUGAUAGAAUUAAUAAUAUAUCUAAUAUAUAUAAGUAAAUUUUUACUGAAGAUAUUGCAUUAAAUACACACACACAAAAUGUCCCAAAAUUGAUAAUUGAUCUUUAAGAGAUUGAAAGAGGGAAAAAAGAGGGAAGGAAGAGGAAGUUUCUAUCAUUUUUUCUCCAAUCAUUAUUCAGCUAGUUACUUAACAAUUAAGUUAACGAAUCCUGUUUACGUUACACUACGGUAUCCGAAUCAUCAUUACCCAUAUCUAUAGGCAUUCACGUAAUUAGAUGUUUGUAUGCCAACUGAAAAUCGCCUAAUAGCUAUAGGUACUGGGGAUGAAGCCCGAAAAAUUCGGGAACAGAGGAAGAUAUACUAGCUCGAGCGGCCAAUGAUAAAUGCCGACGAGGUAUUGGAAAUUCGCAAGAGUGACCGGCAUCUUGAAGGCAACGAUGAAUUCUGUAUUUUGAUUUUAUUUCGUGUAUUUUAUUCAUUCGAUCAAUUUGUUCAAAUAUUGCUUUGCUGCAGCACGCAUGAGAUUGAUCAACUUACUUGUUAAAUAACUCACUAUCAGUGAAAAAUAACCGAGUAGAGAAGUGAUAGAAUUACUGUUAUCCCAAAAUUUUAUUCUGGUUAAUCUUUCGAAGAUUAAUUAUGAAUUUUGAGACACCCUACACGCACGCAAAUGCACGCGUCCAUACACACAUACAUAUUUUUAGAAAUUUCUUGAAAAAAUAGUUUUUUUUCUCACGGUUAUUUGAAUUGCUGUAUUAUAUAAUAUACAACAUAGUAUAUAGCAAUAAUCAUAAUGUGAUAUGAAGUAAACAAAUAUAAGUUAUAACUGUUACUCCAUUAUGCUUUUACGAAUCAUAAUAUUUAACAUCAUGUACAUCAAAUGAAAUAUCAUAAUGUAUUAUCAAUUAGUACUAUAAAUGAUUGUCAAAGAGACAAAAUAUAUAUAAAUAUAAAUAUAAAAA